GGGUGGGCGAGAGGAGGAGCUAUCGCGGACCCUGUAGAGUCAGUCUCUGUUGCUGCUUUUGCUUCAGGAGUCUGCCUUACUUCGUCGCACCCUGACUCCCGUGGUGUCGAGGGGGCGUCCCUGCGGACACCUCGGCGCACAGUGGAGAUGCCUCUCUUUGCUACCAAUCCCUUCGAUCAGGAUGUUGAGAAAGCAACCAGUGAGAUGAAUACUGCUGAGGACUGGGGCCUCAUUUUGGAUAUUUGUGAUAAAGUUGGUCAGUCUCGUACUGGACCUAAAGAUUGUCUUCGGUCUAUUAUGAGGAGGGUGAACCACAAAGAUCCUCAUGUUGCUAUGCAAGCUUUGACUCUUCUAGGAGCAUGUGUAUCAAACUGUGGCAGAAUUUUUCAUUUAGAAGUAUGUUCAAGAGAUUUUGCUAGUGAAGUAAGCAACGUAUUAAAUAAGGGUCAUCCUAAAGUGUGUGAAAAAUUAAAGGCUCUUAUGGUUGAAUGGACAGAUGAAUUUAAGAAUGAUCCACAGCUUAGUCUAAUAUCGGCAAUGAUUAAGAACCUUAAGGAACAAGGAGUUACAUUCCCAGCUAUUGGCUCUCAGGCUGCGGAACAAGCAAAAGCAAGCCCAGCUCUAGUAGCCAAGGAUCCUGGAACUGUGGCUAACAAAAAGGAAGAAGAAGAUUUAGCAAAAGCCAUUGAGUUGUCCCUGAAGGAACAAAGACAGCAGUCAACCACCCUUUCCACUUUGUAUCCAAGCACAUCCAACCUCUUAACUAACCACCAACAUGAAGGCCGAAAAGUUCGUGCUAUUUAUGACUUUGAAGCUGCUGAAGAUAAUGAACUUACUUUUAAAGCUGGAGAAAUUAUUACAGUUCUUGAUGACAGUGAUCCCAACUGGUGGAAAGGAGAAACCCAUCAAGGCAUAGGGUUAUUUCCUUCUAAUUUUGUGACUGCAGAUCUCACUGCUGAACCAGAAAUUAUUAAAACAGAGAAGAAGACAGUACAAUUUAGUGAUGAUGUUCAGGUAGAGACAAUAGAACCAGAGCCGGAACCAGCCUUUAUUGAUGAAGAUAAAAUGGACGAGUUGCUACAGAUGUUACAAAGUACAGAUCCCAGUGAUGACCAGCCAGACCUGCCAGAGCUCCUUCAUCUAGAAGCAAUGUGUCACCAGAUGGGACCUCUCAUUGAUGAAAAGCUGGAAGAUAUUGAUAGAAAACAUUCAGAACUCUCAGAACUUAAUGUUAAAGUGAUGGAGGCGCUUUCAUUGUAUACCAAGUUAAUGAAUGACGAUCCGAUGUAUUCCAUGUAUGCAAAAUUACAGAAUCAGCAGUAUUAUAUGCAGUCUUCUGGUGUUUCUGGUUCUCAGGUAUAUCCAGGGCCUCCUCAGAGUGGUGCUUACCUGGUUGCAGGGAAUGCACAGAUGAGCCAUCUCCAGAGCUACAGUCUUCCCCCCGAGCAACUGUCUUCUCUCAGCCAAGGAGCAGUUCCACCAUCUGCAAACCCAGCUCUUCCUAGUCAGCAGGCUCAGGCUUCUUACCCAAACACAAUGGUCAGUUCUGUUCAAGGAAAUACAUAUGCGAACCAGGCUUCAGUAUAUAGUCCUCCUCCUGCUGCUGCUGCAACUGCUGAUGUCACUAUGUACCAGAAUGCAGGAACUAAUAUGUCCCAGGUGCCAAACUAUAAUUUAACAUCAUCAACCCUGCCUCAACCAGGAGGCAGUCAACAGCCACCUCAGCCACAACAACCAUAUUCUCAGAAGGCACUGCUAUAGGACCUGAUAUUCCUGUUUGUGACAAGUAUCUGCUAAAUGCCGAUGACAACGUUAUGAGAUUUGUUAGUAUCUUAAGAUUUGUUUAUCCUCAGCUUAUAGGAAUCUAUCUUGGUCAACAAGUUCAAAUAUUCAAGAAGGUAGAACUCUUUAAUUUCCACUGACUUUUUAGAGGUUCUCCCCCCUGCCCAGACCCCCAGAGGAAUGAAACUACUUAUAACAUUUAAUUCCUUUCAUAAUAUGAAAGAAUUGAUACAAGAUUAUUUGUCUCAUAAAAUUACCUGGUCUGCAAAAAGUCAAACUUACAACAACUGUUGUGGCAAAUGUUAUGUACAUAUAUUGAUAUGUAACUUCAUUAGUGGCCAUUUUGAAUCACAGUGAUGAUCAUGUGAAUAUAUUUAACACUGUGUUAAAUUAAUUUACAUAUCUAUUUAAUUUUAAUCACGAACGACUACCAUGUUUCGUAAUGUUUUGUGUAAAUUUAAGAUAAUUACACUGUCGUUUUAAACUGCAGGAGAACAGAGUUGUAGCAUAUUUACGUGAAGGCAUUGUGUUGUCCAUGUUUCAGUUUCUCAUUAAACUGAACUUUCCUUUUACUGAUAGUGAGCUGAACAUAUAUAAUGUCUUUCUGUAGCCUCUACAUACUACUAGCUGUCAUCACACCAGCGUACAGUAGCUAAAUUUUUGGUGCAGUUAUAUAGCAAAUGAUGACAUUCCCUUUUAAACUUUUACAUUUUGGCAUGAUAUUUCAAAAUAUUGUGGGACCAUGAGACAAAAUUAAGUAGGAUCACAUUCUUAUAUAUCUUAUUUUUAAAGAAAUAAUGUUGAUUUACUUUUUCCUAGUUGAAGAUAGCAAUUAGGUUUGUAAGCUGUAUACUGUGUUUAUUGGUGGCAGUGACACCAAAGAUAGAGGCAAUGGAUAGAAAUUUUUAAACUGGAAAGAAAACACGAAUUACACUACGUUUUCAAAGUCUAUUGUAAUUAUUUAGGAUAUAAACAAAAUUUGAUUCAUCUGUCUUAUCCGACUACUAGUCUUUUAAAUAUGUCGUUAACACAUUGUAUCCUUUAAUUCUUCAUUAAAAUGGAUAUAAGUAGAUGUUUCAAAGUAAUUUAUAUUCCUGGCUUUGCUUAACAGUUCAUAUAUUUAUUGUUUUAAACUGGACUUAUCUUUUAAACUGGAUUUUUGGCCUGCUCUCUCUGUCUUUAAAAGUUCUAAUGGAAUCAUUUUGGAUUCCUAGUCAUAGUUUUGUUUUUUUUUUUCAGGAGUAUUUUUGAAUGAAUGCUUUUCUUUUAAUCCAUAAAAGAAAGUUUUCCACUGACAUUUUAAUCUUAAAUAUUUAUAAUUUCCUUUUGCUAUACUAUUAUUUUAACACUAUUAUUUAAACAACUGAAAAGUUGAGUUGGAUAUCAUAUUUAUUGAAUUGAUUUAACAGGUUUCAUACUGUAAAUGAAAAUUUGAUUUGUAUUUUCUAAGGCUACUGUAAUCAGGUAGCUUGUUUGUUUCCUUUUUCACAAAUGAUUCCUUCUUUGGCAUGUAAUCUUAAUGUUGACUAAUUUCACAGGUUCAUGUUUAAAGUACCGUCUUCAAAUUAAGUGUUUUAGUCUAGGGUUGUUUUUCUGAGUGUAGAGUGUGUUACCCUCAAAUGGUAAUUCUAAAAUUUGAAUUCAAACCUCGCAUUUUAAAUAUUUUAAAUAAGUUACUUUUGAUAAACAUGUCAAACAGAUUAUAAUCUUUUUUGUUCCAAUUUGAAUAUUGUAAUUUAACUGAUAUACUUUUCCACAAGUCAUAUUACAUUUUCCUCUUUGUCUUUGAUAAAUUCUUGUUUACCAGUGAUAAAUCUGUCAUCUUCCCAUUUUAAAUUUGAUGUCCUUCAUGCUGUAAAAUCAAUGACAUAUUCUGUAGUAUACUUUUUGCCCUAUAAAAGUCAAAGAAUGGAAAAUUGAAAA